GCACGACGCUUCUUUCUGUCGUAGGGGGGGGGGCUCCGGGCUGAUGGAGCUGAGUUUCAAAGGCUCCGGGGCUAUAAAGUCCUUCAAGCUUGGAGGAAUAGAAGCUUCAUUGACAAUCGGUGAGCUCAAAAGGAAGUGCCACGAGGAGUGCGGCUUGGACGCAUCGGAGCAGCGACUGUUCCUCAAGGGGAAGCUGUUGAAGGACGAGGACACCCUCGAGUCAGCCAAGAUUAGCGAUAAGUCGACACUUUUCCUUGUCAAGGGAGCCUCAAGCGCUUCUGGUGGAGCAGAGACCAAGGUAGAAAAAAAGGAAGAGGAGCCUGUGGUUCCAGUUCCCUGCCGCGGCGGGUGUGGAUUCUGCGGCACCGCCAAGACAGAUAACUAUUGCUCAAAAUGCUAUGCCGAGAGAAAGAAAAAGGAAGAGGAAGAGGAAUCUAAAGCAAAAAAAGACAAGGAAGAGGAAGCCAAAGAGGAGCAAGGAAAAGUAGAUCCUGACUCCGAGGCUAUGGAAGACGUGCCAAAGGAAGAACAGAAGGACAAGACCAAAUGCUGGUUCUGCGGUAAGAAGUGUGGUCUCACUGGCUUUGAAUGCAAGUGUGGCUACACUUUCUGCGCGAAGUGCAGACACGCAGAGGACCACAACUGUGAUUUCGAUCACAAGGGCAGAGGUCGAGAAAUUCUAGCCAAGAACAACCCCAACAUUUCCAUCAAAGGUGGUGCUCCUGCUGUUUGA